GUAACAGAUGACUAGAUUGUCCUAGGAACAUAUCUUCUGCGUCGAUCUCACUUGUAACUCGUUCUCUCUGUAGAUUCUUUUGAGCUCGUACUUUUGAACUCUCCUGUGUGCUUACUAGACCGCUUUAAUCGGACGCUGUGGCUACUUGCAGAGGAACUGAUCGAUGACGAUCACAUAUUCUUUACCUUCACAAUGGUUCGAUAUCUUCUAGGCGACCGGCCUAUAUCAAUUGAGCUUCCGGAUAUCACACAGAAGGAGUUGGACUUCAGCGAUGCCUCUUUCUUCACUGCAAACCCGGAAGGGCGCCUGCCUACAACAGCCGAGGUGAGAGCAUUGUCCAAGGACAUCGAUUUAGAUUCCAAGCCCGUCCCCAUAAAAUACGUGGACCUCGGCCUGAUUGUUAAACUUGGGCCCCAUACCACAUUCACUGAAGCACUGAAUCUUUGAAUGAUCAAAACCGUUUUCGGUGAUGAAAUACCGGUUCCUGAAGUCUUCGGCUGGCGAGUGGAUGACGAAGGGUACGUUUUCAUAUACAUGGAGCUCAUCAAGGGGCCUACUCUGGGGGAGUGUUGGGACCAGCUUAGCAUGGAAGAGAAAGGCGACAUGAAACAUCAAUUAUCUCAGACCAUGGAGAAAUUACGCGAUCUUGCUCAGGAUCUAUCGGACAGGUUCAUAGGAUCGAUCGACCGCGGACAUUUGUUAGACUUAUGUCUUCAUUAGUCAACCACAAAGUGCCCCUUUCCCCAGCAUCAAAGCAUUCAAUGACUGGUUUGCUCUUCUACACCAAUUACCGUUUGAGCACAGAUACGACGACCCCAACCGACGUUUGCUGCCAGAUGACGGAGACAUCAAGUUCACACAUUGUGAUCUAAAUCGGGUCAACAUGAUCGUUGUAUCUCGUAGUCCUGCUCGGCUUGUGCUUGUGGACUGGGAACAGGCGGGUUGGUACCCAGAAUACUGGGAAGAUUGCAAGGCUCUUUACACCUGCUGGUUUGGAAAUGAGUGGCAUUUGUGGAAACUACUAGGUAGUAAGUUAGUAACGUUACUUACUUACUGUAUGAGCU